UUAUAUUUCAAUCACAUCAAGUAUACAAAAAUAAAACUUACGUGUUCUUGCCAUUCUCCAUUCCCAUAACCAUAUAAGCCGAGAUGAAUACCCGAGAAGAAGUAGGUGAAUUCUCUAAACUCUUCAAUGGUUUCAUGACUCUAAUGAGGAGAUUCAUAUUCAAAGUUCUAUGCGUCGGUCCAAUCCCUAACCACAUCUCAUUCAUCAUGGAUGGAAACCGCAGAUUCGCCAAGAAACACAAUCUUCAAGACCUAGACGCAGGACACAGAGCUGGUUUUGUAUCCGUAACACAUGUUCUUCAGUACUGCCAAGAGAUUGGUGUACCGUACGUCACACUCUACGCCUUUGGCCACGAUAAUUUCAGGAGAGAACCUGAAGAAGUCAAGUGUGUGAUGGAUCUGAUGCUUGAGAAAAUCGAGCUCACAAUCGAUCAAGCUAUCUCCGGGAAUCUAAACAAUUUGAAAGUGAUCUUUAUUGGUGAUUUGAAUAUGUUAAACGAGCGUCUUAAAGCCGCAGCGCAGAGACUGAUGGAAGUUACCGAGGAGAAUAGAGGUUUAAUGGUUGUGGUUUGCGUUGCUUACAGCACAAGUCACGAGAUUGUUCACGCUAUUAGAGAAUCUUGUGUAAAGAAGUGUGGUGAUGGAGAUAGUCAGGUUUUGGAGGUGAGUGACAUUGAAGAGUGUAUGUAUACAUCAAUUGUUCCUGAUCCUGCUCUUGUAAUAAGAACAGGAGGACGAGAUCGGCUGAGUAACUUCAUGACUUGGCAGACUUCAAAGUCUCUCCUUCAUACCACGGUGGCUCUUUGGCCGGAGUUAGGUCUUUGGCAUUUGGUUUGGGCUAUUCUUAAAUUCCAGAGGAUGCAAAAUUACUUGCAGAAGAAGCAAAAACUCGACUAAAUAGGUUUAACUUAAAUACUAGCAUGGUCGGACAGAUUUAUGAGGACAUAAAACAUAGUAAUAAUUAAUUUACUUACAAAGUAGAGAACCUAUGUAUUAGUUUUUAAAAUUUUGGGAGCCAGCACGAAUGUCUCAUUAUGCUUUGUCCAAAACCGGUCCCAUGAACUCUUAACACUUAUGUCGGAGUUGCAUGUUUUUUGUGGCACAAGAAAUGAUAGAUAGGAACGAGAAAACAGAAGAAAUCAUCCUUAUUAUGCAUUGGAUCCAAACAAAAACCUAAAGACAGAUGAUCGCGAUUCAACGAUGCUAAAACACUAAAAUUUAAACAUAUUUCGAUAAAUAAAAACAAAUAAACAUUUGAAAAUUUUAGAACCUAGCCACACCUUGACCAGGUUUGCCUUGGAACCUGCAGACAUUACAGAGAGGUAAGAACAGAGAAAGAAUCUGAUAAUUGUCUUCUCCACCCAUAGUGGGCAUCAGGACUCCAAUCUUAACCAGACUAACGUAUCCAGGCAGAUAGGUUUUCCCAAAACUCCCUCCAGGAGAUCACUCAGGUUAAAGAACUUAAACUGAGUCUCAAGAUGAGCAAAAACAUCAUUUUUUUUGUUUCGAAUACCAUGAAGUUUGGGGCCGAAGCCCACAAUUUCCGCCAAACCCAAUAUCACAACAUGUAGUAUUAGUUUCGUCCCAUCGGGGUCACUCAAACUGGGAGACCUCUGACACAAUCGACAUAAUAUUUUCUAAUUGAGCUAAUCACCUUUCUAGAUAAGCAAAUUAAUGACCUUUCCAGAUGAGCAAAAACAUCAUCUUCAGGCAACUGAUAGUUACGAACUCUGUCUUCUUCUUUCCCUAUUGGUCUAUAACCUUAAUAUCCAUCUGAAAAUACCAGAUACGCGACUCUCACGUUAUUCCUCUCAUCUGUUCUCUCAACAACAAUUUCUCUUUCUUCAAGAUUGAUUCUCCCUUCUGCUUCACCUCCUGUUGGGACGUUCCAUCUCACAACCAGAGAGUGGAGAAUCAAUUUGGUGAGAAUUCCAAAAUUAAACGUGCUUAAAUUAGAGUAAGAAUCAUGAUAUAUUAGAAAAUGAUUCUUAUACGGUGGGAGGGAAGCCAGAGUACAUAAAAAGAUUAUGAGGUAACCGUAAGAAUAAUAAAUAAGUCUUUGGCAUUCCAAAAGUUAAUACAUGGAUCAUCAUACAGGAGAGAGUUACAUGAUGUUUACAUGAUGGGUUACUUUGUCAUUGACCUUUAACACAUUUAGGUACUUUACACUUGAGGGCGCUGUUUGUUUCUCCAUUCAAAUGAUCCAUUCAAAUGGAAAUGAGCUUCUUGUUUGUUUAUACACAAAAAGUACAACUCAUUCAAAUAGCUCAUUUGAAUGAUUUUCGAAAAAUUAGGUUUAAUUUCAAAAACCAGUUGACUGAACCGAAUUGGAUCAUUUGGCUGGAAUUGGUUCAGUCAAAAUAUCAAAAUGUCAAUUUUGCCCCUCGCCAAAUCCUAAAAUUACAAACCUAAAAUCUAAAGCGUGAAAGAUCUCUCUCUCGUAUCUCUCUUUGCAGUCUGCGAAGAUCACCAUGAAAUCACCAUAGCUUGAGCUCUCUCUCUCUCCGCCGCGUCUCCUCUCCGUCUCUCUCUCCGCCGCGUCUCCUCUCUGUCUCUCUCUCUCCGCCGCGUCUCCUCUCCGUCUCUCUCUCUCCGCCGCGUCUCCUCUCCGUCUCUCUCUCCGCCGCGUCUCCUCUCCGUCUCUCUCUCUCUGCCGCGUCUCUUCUCCGUCUCUCUCUCUCUCUCUCUCUCCGCCGCGUCUCCUCUCCGUCUCUCUCUCUCAAGUGAUCUUGUCUCAUAUUCAGUGACCUGUUUCCAAUUUCAAUGACAUCUGUUCCUGGCACCGAUGUUUGGUGAAGUAGAGGAUACUGUUUGGUGAAGUAGAAGCUUGCUGUGAUUGUUUGGUGUCUGUUUGGUGAAGUAGAAGCUUGCUGUGAUGGACAAUAAUGAAAUAUUAAGACUUCUCGUUGAAGAUGAUGAGCUGGAUUUGUUGUUUGAUGAGAAUCAGCACAUGUAUACUCUUGUAGAGGAAAUGUUUGGAGUGCCAGAAGCUGAUACUAAUAGGCAAUCAGUCAGGACAAACCGAGGUGAAGGUUGGCGACGUGUGCAGCGUUUCAUGAACGGGUCCGAGGUACAAUGCUAUGAGAUUAUGCGCAUGAACCAGGAAACAUUUAAGAGUUUGUGUAAGAUGCUAUCAGAAAAGUAUGGGUUAAAGGAGACUCUUAAUGUCUACGUUGAGGAGAGUGUUUCAAUGUUCUUAGAGACGGUUGGACAAGACGUAACUGUACGGGAUAUAUCAGAGCGUUAUCAGCAUUCAACUAACACUAUGUAAAGGAAGCUAGAAGAGGUAUUAAGUUCUCUCUUGAAGCUUGCAUCAGACAUUGUGAAACCGACUAGGAAUGAGUUUGCAACUGCUAGUCCUUUUCUAGAAGGUAAACCACAGUAUUGGCCUUACUUUAAGAACUGCAUAGGUGCUUUAGAUGGAACUCAUAUUGCUGUCCGUCCACCAUCUGGGAAUAGUGAGCCAUUUAGAGGUAGAAAAGGUUAACCAACCAUGAAUGUGCUGGCUAUUUGUAAUUUUGACAUGAGGUUCAUCUACGCUUAUGUUGGAGUUCCCGGGAGAGCACAUGACACGAAGGUGCUAACAUACUGUGCUACUGAAGAAGCUUCUUUUCCUCACCCACCAGCUGGAAAAUACUACUUGGUCGACUCAGGCUACCCAACCAGAACUGGUUACUUAGGUCCUCAUCGCAAGACUAGAUACCAUAUAGAUCAGUUCAACAGAGAAGGUCCACCAUCAAACACUAGGGAAUUGUUCAACCGCAAGCACUCCGGUUUAA